AUGGAAUCAUAGAUUUAGCUUGGGAACAUUCAUCAUGACCCAGAGAUGUAGCAAUAAAUCAAGUCGAAUGUGCAAGAAGCCUAGAAGCCAAAUUAAUUGUACUACAGAGUAAGAGAAGGCGAUUCUAUUAUAAGGCUGUCAUUUAUGUUCAACAUUAAGAUCAAUCAUCUGUAAUCCAUUAAUGACCUAUCCAGUGAUUAUAUUUUCCCUGGAUAAGUACUGAAGAUUAUAAAUCACAAUCCUGAAAAUCAGCACUUACUUAUGACUCAAGAAUAACUAGAUAGUGAUUUAACUAAAGACCUUGACAGCUUUGGUAGUGGGGGAGAUUCCUAGAUCAUACACAGUGUUUCUGAAAAUAAUCUGAGUGAUUCUAGAUCUACAGACAUGAAAUCUCAAUCUAUCUAUUAAGCUAAAAAGACAGCUGGAAACUUCCUGCACGUUGAUACCAAGAAUAAGCAAUAGAGAAAAGGAUCAGGAUAAAUGAGUCCAAAUAGAACUAAAGUUUUGACUUAGGAUGAUAUCACUAGUGAAUUCUAAAAACUUCAAAGUACAAUACUUGUUUUUAUUACAUUAAUAGUGGGCUAUAAAAACAUGCAGGAAAGUUUUCAAAAUGCCUCAAAAAAGGAGGAGAAUGAUCUUUUAAGACUAUUUGGGAGAUUGACAUAAGCAGCUGGAGCUGAUAAGAAAAUCUCAGAGAUUGAUAAAAUACAGCUUUAAUACUUUAUUGAUCAUUAGCCAGAUAAAAUUAAGAGUGAGGGUUAUUACUGUACAAAAAAUGGUAAAGUGAAGGGUGUUUUUACACUAACUGAGCAUCUAGUAAUGUUUGACCCCAUAAAGUGUGCAGAAAAUGAUGAAUUUAACUCUGAUCUGCAAAAGUAUCAAGCAAUCAUUGACAUUCAAGACAUAGCUUCUUGCUAGAAGAUAAGAACUGAGAACUAAACAGCAUAAUUCAUACAGGAUCCUGAGGUGAAGAAAUACUAUAAAUAUGACUACUUCAUUCAAAUGAAUUUGCUAACAGUGGAUGGCCUCAAUCUUGUAAAGGUCAUGAAAACUUUGUCAGGCUUGCAUGAUGAUGAUAGUGGCAAGAAAUUUGAUCACUUACCUCUGAUUGAAGAAAAAAAGGAAAAUGAUAACUCUAUGAAGCAUAAAGCUUAUCAUAAGAAAGGAGUGGUUCCUAUAGCGACAACAUUCUUCAGAUUUUCGCAUAGAGACAAAAGCAACAACCCUCUUAGCAAUAAAGCCUAGAAGAUCAUUGUAGAGGAUAUAUACUAGGCACUCUUGAGAUAUAUAGAGAAGAACUCUUUGAUUCCCAGAAACGAAGAUGGAAGUUCAUCGACUUCAAUUCAAUUUUAUGAUUCCUUAGACCAUGUUGAGAGAUAAAGCUAAGUUGAUAGCUUAAAGCAUGUAUAGCACUAUGACAAGUCAACUUUUGUCAUUUCUGCCUCCUUGCCAGAGUUCUAAACCAUCAUGAAAAACAAAUCUGAGAUCAUUGAUGAAGCCAGUAGAAAGCUGAUUGCCUACUUCUUGCCAGGUUUGAUAAGAAUGAGAGAAUGGCGCUUAUUGUUCUCAAUCAAUCAAGAUGGAGUGAGCAUGCAGACGUUUUACAAUUUAGUCAGAAAUCGUGACAAUACACUUUUGCUUAUCAAAGAUUUAAACGAUAGAGUUUUCGGAGGAUUUUGCUGUGAAGAAUGGCGAAUCAGAAAUAGUUUCUAUGGAAUUGGUGAGAGCUUUGUCUUUUAUUUUGAUGAUGAGGAAGAUAUUAGAGUAUUCAAUUAUACAGGAGCUAAUGAAAGAAUUCAAUUUUCUGAUGAAAAAUGCAUCAUGAUAGGUGGCGGGAAUAGCGCAGCCAUAUUUAUCAACAAUCAUUUCCACAGUGGCAGAUCUGGGAAGAGUGAGACAUUUGACAAUGAAAUUCUCUCUAAAUAUGGGGAUUUUACUUGCAAGUAAUUUGAGGUUUGGGGUUUCGACAUUAUUUGA